AUGAGCUUCUUGAGAGGCCAAAUAUUCGACCAGAACUGGAAACACAUGGACAACUACAGCGUUUCCUGGGCAGACCGAGAGAUAACGUUUCCUACUUUCUUUCGGAUCCCCGCGGUGUGGUGGGAAGGUGGGAGCUUCUUUGGCCCAGAAGAUCCGCGAGUCAUACUAGAAAAUGCGGAAGGCGCUGAGCCAAUCAUAGUGUUCAAUAUGAUUCUGAACGCUCCUGGGAACCCGCGCGCAAUGUGGCUAUACAGGCCAUUCUCCGACAUGACGGCCGUGCUCACGAUUCGAGGGGAGGAGCGAAAGCCGGCCGAGAAGAACUGGGCGCCAUUCUUUCACAAUGACGACGACAGCGACGGCGAUGACGGUAUUAGCAGAGCCCCAAUGACCGACCUUCACUUUGUCUACAGCCUUCAUCCUCUAAGAGUCCUCAAAUGCAGCAUCGAUGACGGAGCCUGCGACUGGGUAUUUCAGCAGGAGGUUCCUCGCAUGUUAGCUGUAUCGCAUGAUGACCCGCACGGGGAAAUGCGUGGCGGAACGACCUUUGUCAGGGUCCCGAUCCAGGGCGUCUCUGGCUUACAGGUUUAUGCAGGGUUUCCACGAACGCAUCUAAACUUCUGCAACGCGGGCGCUACUUAUCGUCCGGAGUUGGUGUUGCUUGCAGGCUUCGGUACCAGUUUUCACAUCGCCUUCGCGAGUGCCGCGUUAGCCUUUGACCUUUCCCGUGCCGAUAAUGCUUGUGGUGAAGGGAGGAUGUUAGUUCCAGGUGGGAUCCUCCGCUGGGAUUAUGCACACCGUCAAGACAAGAUGGAUUUGCUACUCAGUGUCUCCGACGCGCAGAACCGUGUCGUGCAGAUUUAUGGCCUUCUACGUUUCAUCCACACAAUACCGUAUUUUGCGAAGAUGUCCCGUGGCAAAUCACUGGCCGACGAGGCCCUCUGGAAUUUUCCCUGGUCUGUUGUCGGUAACGAGGUCCUACAAUGUUCGGUCGAGGCCGCAGCGAACUCCAGCCGCGUCGAUGCGGGCCUGAUGCUGUGA